AUGAUAUUUGAUAUAUUUUAGGAUACAUUCUUUGUUGAUUUUUAGAAUGAUAUGGUAAUGAUAUUUAAUAAUUUUUAGACUUAAGUUGAUUGUGUAAAAGGAUCAAUAUAUUUAGGAAUUUAAUUUUUUAGAAUGCAUGCUGUAGAUAAAUAGAAAUUGUUGAAAUUAAAAGAAGAAUUUUGUUCUUAAAAAUGGUGGGAAGAAUUUAUGUAAAUCUCAUAUAAAUAACUAUUAUUAUUUCAAAUUGACAUGUUACAAUAUUACAAUGCUUAAGAUUUUGUAUAAGUAUGA